AUGGCCCUUGGAUUAGGAUUCCUCUGCUUUCUCUUGCGGGCUUUAACAGGGUGUUUCUGUCAACAAUGCAGGGAAGGUGCCACGUACUCAGAUGCAAUAAUAUCUCCCAACUUAGAAACGACUAAAAUCAUGCAGGUCCCCCAUGCGGUGUCGAUGGCAGACUGCACGGCAGCCUGUUGCGAUCUUUCAGACUGCGACUUGUCCUGGAUGUUUGAACGGCACUGCUAUAUCGUCAAUUGCCAACAUAAAGGGAACUGUGAGCCCAAGAAAAUGGAGAAGGUGAAGUCUUAUUUGACCUUUGUGCGGAGGCCUUCCCAGAAGCCAGCCUCUUUGAUGAGGUUUCAGCAGAUGACAUCCAAUGCACUCCCCUCUAUGGCACUGCGGGAUGACCCAUCGGAGGAGGUGCGUAGCCUAAAGGAGCUGUCCUUCAUAAGCAAAGAGCGUAGCCUUGAAGAGGCACCGGACGACACGGACGAGUAUGGGGAUGUGGAUCAGGAUCCAUUUCAGUUGAACGUCAAGAAGGAGAACAUUGACUAUGCUGACUGGGGUCUGAUGGUUGCCCCAGAAAAUGGCUUCAAUUCUUCAGGAGGCCAGCAUGGAGAUCUGGUGAAACACGAUGGGGAGAAAGUUAAUUUGAGAAGCCCCACCAAUAAAAUUGUACCCGAGGUGAAAUCUGUCACUGAAUAUCCCGGAGAGUUGCCUGAAGUAACGCUGGACCCGGUGAAGACAGCAGCUGCAAGUGAUUUGGAUUUUCAACCACCUAAAGAAGCUAAUGACUCCUGGCAGGAAAAGGUUCUAACACCCUCCCAUAAUCCUCCUCCUUCAGACAUCCUUGGAUUUCUCUCCACAUCUGCAACACAAAUGCAAACAGACCUCAGUAAUCCCAUAAAGGAUGAAACCUCAUCGCUGCCCACCAGUAUUCUCACCACUGAGCCUUCUGCCACAGGUCAAGUACUGAUUCCCACCACUGCUGCAAAAGCAGAGCUGUUGGUGUCAGCUGGAGAUAAUCUGCAAGUAACUUUACCAGAAAAGGAAGUCAAACUGCAUGCCUUUGUCGUUACACCAUCAUUUCCAGAAGCAUCCUAUAGUUAUGAGUGGAGCUUGAUCAGUCGUCCUGAUGACUAUGAUGGUGAAAUGGAGGGCAAGCAUACACAGUCCGUGAAACUUUCUCAACUGGCAGUAGGUGUCUAUGUCUUCAAAGUGACUGUUUCUUCUGAAAAUGCGUUCGGAGAAGGAUUUGUAAACGUCAGUGUCCUGCCAGCCGUCAAAAUAAAUCAGCCACCUGUUGCUGUUGCAUUUCCCAGAGUGCAGGAGAUCAUUUCCCCCACAACGUCUGCUUUUAUUGAUGGGAAUCAAAGUGUGGAUGAUACUAAAAUAGUAAGUUAUCACUGGGAGGAAAUAGAAGGUCCCCCGAGGAAACAGAAGGCAUCUGCUGAUACAUCAGUUUUACAGCUGUCUGACCUCGUUCCUGGCAAUUACACGUUCAGGCUAACAGUCGUAGACUCUGAUGAAGCAGCAAACUCUACUACAGCUUCUUUGAUAGUCGUCAAGCCUGUAGAUCAUCCACCUAUUGCCAAUGCUGGACCAAAUCAAUCAAUCAGUUUGCCCCAAAAUUCUAUCAUACUAAGUGGAAACCAGAGCUAUGAUGAUCAUGAGAUUGUAAGCUACGAGUGGUCCCUGAGUCCUAAAAGUAAAAGCAAAGAGGUAGCAAUGCAGGGAAUGCAGACUCCAUACCUCCAGUUGUCUGCUAUGCAAGAAGGCAAUUUCACAUUCCAGCUGACGGUUACUGAUUCUGUGGAGCAGCAGUCCACGGCCGAAGUCCUGGUGACUGUGCAGCCGGAAAACCACCCUCCAAGAGCCGUGGCCGGUCCAGAUCAAGAGUUGACGCUCCCUGUCCAAAGCACUAUUCUUGAUGGAAGCCAGAGUAGCGAUGAUCUAGGCAUUGUUUAUUAUCACUGGGAGAAUAUCAGCGGGCCGACCUCUUUGCAAAUGGAAAACGUGGACAGUGCGGUGGCCACCGUUAGGGGUCUCCAAGCUGGAACGUAUCACUUCAGACUGACUGUAAGAGACAAUCAGGGACUCAGCAGCAGCACUACGCUUUUUGUGACCGUAAAGGAAGAAAGCAACCACCCACCACAAGCUUAUGCAGGAGGCAAGCACAUCCUUGUUCUUCCCAAUAAUUCUAUUGCUUUGGAUGGUUCACAGUCUACCGAUGACCAAGGAAUUGUUUCCUAUCUUUGGACUCGGGAUGGUCAGAGUCCAGCUGCAGGAGAUGUGAUACAUGGCUCAGACCACGAGGCAGUAUUGCAGCUAACCAAUCUUGUGGAAGGGAUCUAUACUUUUCACUUGAAAGUCACCGAUGGCAGAGGAGAUUCAGACACUGACACCGCUAUAGUGGAAGUUCAGCCUGACCCUAAGAAAAAUGGCCUGGUGGAACUGAUAUUGCAAGUUGGAGUCGGCCGGUUGACCGAGCAACAGAAGGACACGCUUGUGCGACAGCUUGCGGUGCUGCUGAAUAUCUUAGAGUCAGACAUUAAAGUUCAGAAAAUACACGCCUAUUCUGAUAGCAGCACAGCGGUGGUGUUCUACGUGCAGAAAGGGUAUCCUUUCAAAGUCAUAAAGGCUUCAGAUGUGGCACAGAUGCUCCGUUUGCAGCUCUUGAAAGAGAAGCCGGACUUCCUGCUUUUUAAGGUGCUUCGUGUUGACACUGCUGGUUGCCUUCUAAAAUGCUCUGGACAUGGACAUUGUGACCCCAUCACUAAGCGUUGCAUUUGCUAUCAGCUCUGGAUGGAAAAUUUGAUACAGUGGUACCUGAAUGACGGAGAGAGUAACUGUGAAUGGAGUAUACUCUACGUCAUGGUGUCUGCUUUUGUUUCGAUGGUGCUGAUACUGAGUUCGGUCUGGAUCUGUAUCUGCUGCUGCAAAAGCAGAAAGAGGACCAAAAUAAGAAAGAAAACAAAAUACACAAUUUUGGAUAACAUUGAUGACCAGGAGAGAAUGGAGCUGAGGCCCAAAUAUGGUAUAAAGCACAGAAGCACAGAACACAAUUCCAGCCUGAUGGUAUCGGAGUCCGAGUUUGACAGUGACCAGGACACCAUCUUCAGCAGAGAGAAGAUGGACAGAGAGAAUCCGAGGAAUCUCAUGAAUGGUUCCAUUAAAAAUGGCGUCUCCUUCAGCUACAGCUCAAGAGCAGAUAAAUAACCCUGCAGUGAAAGGACACGUUGACCCA